AUGGCGACGAAAUCAGAGAAAGCUAUUGGUAUUGAUCUCGGCACUACAUACAGCUGCGUCGGAGUGUGGAUGAACGACCGUGUGGAGAUCAUCCCCAACGACCAACCGUACGACGCCGUCUUACGUCGCCUUCACCGACACCGAGCGGCUAAUCGGCGACGCAGCGAAGAAUCAGGUGGCGUUGAAUCCUCAGAACACUGUCUUCGAUGCGAAGCGACUCAUCGGCCGGAAAUUCUCCGAUCCUUCUGUUCAGAGCGAUAUGCGACACUGGCCGUUCAAGGUGGUUUCCGGUCCCGGAGACAAACCGAUGAUCGUCGUCUCGUAUAA